AUGAGAGCAUUUCCAGCCUAUUUGAGAUCAAUGACCACCGCUAUGGCUUCCUCUUCCGCGACUCUGCCUCCCAUUAUUAAAUUGACGCCAAUUGAAAAGGAUAUCUGCAAAUUACUAAAUGACUACACGCUGCACUAUAAUCAGACGCAUCUGGAUAUAAAGGAACCAUUGACGCUUCGAAUUACAGGAGGGUGGGUCCGUGACAAGCUAUUGGGUCAGGGGUCGCACGAUCUGGACAUUGCUAUAAAUAUUAUGUCUGGUGAAUCAUUUGCCAGGGGACUCAACGAGUAUUUGACUAAACAUUAUGCCCGGUAUGGCAUAAAGCCUCAUUCUAUUCAUAAGAUCGAUAAGAAUCCUGAAAAGUCUAAACACUUGGAAACAGCAACCACAAAAUUAUUUGAUAUUGAAGUGGAUUUCGUUAAUUUGAGAGCUGAAGAAUAUACGGAAUUGUCAAGAAUACCCAUUACAAAAUUCGGGACACCAGAAGAAGAUGCCUUGAGAAGAGACGCGACUUUAAAUGCAUUAUUUUACAAUAUUCAAGAGAAUCAAAUUGAAGAUUUUACGAGAAAAGGGCUGACUGAUUUGAAAAAUGGAAUACUGAGAACUCCGUUACCUGCCAGGAAAACUUUCUUGGAUGAUCCCUUGCGAGUCUUAAGGUUAAUUAGAUUUGCUUCAAGAUUUAAUUUUACCAUUGAAGAUAAUGUAUUAAAGGAAAUGUCUAAUCCAGAGAUUAAUGCUGCAUUUAUCACAAAAAUUUCAAGAGAAAGAGUUGGUAAUGAAAUGGAAAAGAUCUUAAUAGGUAAUAAUCCAAUUCUUGGGUUAAGCUUAAUUCAACAAGCUCAUUUAGAAAAUGCUAUAUUCUUUUGGCAUAAUGAUCCAUCCAUUAUCGAAUGUAAUGAAACUUCCAAUAAAGAGCAAAUGCAAACCAUUCAGAAAAUUUACCAAGAGGGAAUUUUAAACAAGCAUUUAUUGAAAGUUAUUGAUAAUUAUCAACUAUUACUAUCUCGUUCGCCAAUCUUACAAUCACAUAUAUUGAAUAAUAAUACAUUCAAACAAAAUUUCAUAUUAGCAUCAUCAUUACUUCCAUUCGCUACUUUAAGAAUCAUUGCAUUACCCAAGAAGAAACUAAACAACACAUGUUAUGUAUCCGAGAGUAUCAUUAAAGAAGGUCUAAAGAUGAAUAAAUUGGAUGCAAAGAUUGUUUCUCAAACAGUGGAAAAUGUAUCUAAGCAUAAGGCUCUAAUAAAGGAAUUUGUACAAAAUUCAAAUAGUUUACAAAGAUCAAAAUUGGGCACGUAUUUGAGAUCAUAUUCAGGUCAUUGGGAAAUCGUUCAUUUUGUCGCUUUAUUGGAAGAGUUUAUUAAUUUACAGUCAAACGAUGAUCAUACAGCCAUCGAAUUGUUUAAAGAUUAUAAUUCAUUUUAUUCUUUCAUAUUAGACCAAGGUUUGAAAAAUUGUCACGAGAUGAAACCUCUGAUAGAUGGGAAAAAAAUGUUGAAAGUGUUAAAUAUGAAGGCUGGCCCAUGGAUGAGCGAGCUUAAUAAUAAUAUAAUCGUAUGGCAAUUUGAUAAUCCAAAUGGUACAGAAGCUCAAUUACUAGAGUAUAUAAAGACAGUCCUACCAGUAACUUAA